AUGCGCUUUCUCCCGUGUUCUCGAUGCAAUCUCUCCCGUGCUCUCCACCCGUUUUCUCCCGUGCGCGCAAUCCGCGCUCUCCCUUGCUCUCGAUCCGCUCUCUCACGUGCUAGCAAUCCUCUCUCCCGUGCUCUCGGAUUUAUCCCUCCCGUGCUCGCAAUCGAAGACGGUCCAGCAGUGAGCCGGUUGCCUUUCAAGCUGCACCGCGCUGCUCGCUCUCGCCGCGCCGCGUAUUCGCCGUUCGCCAUUUGUGCAACCACUGUUCGCUCCCUUACGCUCCCUCCCAUGCUCUCAGUCCGAUAUCUCCCGUGCCUGCAAUCCGCUCUUUCCCCCUCCCUGCAAUACAACAGCGAAGACGGUCCAGCAGUGAGCAGGUUGCCUUUCAAGCUGCACCCCGCUGCUCGCUCUCGCCGCGCCGCGGAUUCGCCGUUCGCCAUUUGUGCAACCACUGUUCGCUCCCUUACGCUCCCUCCCAUGCUCUCAGUCCGAUAUCUCCCGUGCCUGCAAUCCGCUCUUUCCCCCUCCCUGCAAUACAACAGCGAAGACGGUCCAGCAGUGAGCAGGUUGCCUUUCAAGCUGCACCCCGCUGCUCGCUCUCGCCGCGCCGCGGAUUCGCCGUUCGCCAUUUGUGCAACCACUGUUCGCUCCCUUACGCUCCCUCCCAUGCUCUCAGUCCGAUAUCUCCCGUGCCUGCAAUCCGCUCUUUCCCCCUCCCUGCAAUACCUGUGUAUCAUCUCCAAUCUGUUGUGUGUCACCUCCUCACGUUUUCCGUCCUCUCCCCUGCUCUACCCCUUCCUCUCCUUAUCUGGCCCUUACUCUCCUUCUCUGCCCCCUCCUCUCUUUCUCUACCCCAUCCUCUCCUUCGCUGCCCCUUCCUCUCAUUCUCUCCCCCUUCUGCUCCUCCUGAUCCUUCCUCUCCUUCUCUGUCCCUUCCCCUACUUAUACCGCUUCUAUGCCCCAUCCACUCUCCUCUGUCCCGUCAUCUACUUCUCCUACCCUUCUUCUGCUCCUCUGUCCUUUUCUCUCCUUCCCUACCCCUUCCUCUCAUUCGCUGCCCCUUCCACUCCUACUCUGCCCCCUACACUCCUUCUCCUCCCCCUCCUCUUCUCCUCUGUCCCCCCCGCCCAUACUCGUACACUUAUUUCCUUUACUCGUCCUCUUGGUUCCUAUUAUGUUUUUCAACGCACCCAUCAUGCAGUGGCGCUAAUGGUUACCUGUCAAAUAUGCGGAAGGGAAUGCAAGACACGGCAAGCACUGCUGGGUCACAUGACCAACCCGGUUUGCGAGGCAACUGCCGCAGCUCGCAGUGCCAUACGACGGUCCCCCGAAGCGCGUGGGUCCAAGCGUGCACGCCCUACAUCCGUUCCAUCAUUGUCUUUGGGUGGUGGUGCUAGCGAUGGCACCGGCAUGCAUGGUAGCGGACAAGAAGGCCCAUCUGGGGGUUUAGGCCCUAUGGACAACCAUGAAGAGCCUGACGGAGCAGCUGUGGGAAGCAUGGUCCCACCCGGAUUUGAUACUGAUGGGGCUAGUGAUAGUAGCAGUCACAGCAGUGAAAAUGAUAGCUUACCAUGUGAUGAUGAUAACUUUGGGAUAGUGGCUGAGGAGGGGAGGCAAGAGGACGACGUUCACAGUUCAUUUGAAGCUCCUCGUAGGAACACUCUAGACGCUUGGGCACAUUUUUUGCUUACCUGCCGGUUGUCCAAUAGCCAGAUCAAUGCCCUAUUUGAUCUCAUGCAUGACGAGGACUUGGACAUCCGCGACGUCCUCCGAUGGAAGAAUGUGAAGGAUGUACAUGCCUAUGCAGAGUCCAAAAGACCGGAUUCGCACCGUGGGUGGCAACGGCGGUUGGUUCGGUCCCAAGACAAGGCAUGGCUGGAGUAUUGGGCGUGCGAUGGAUUAAUAGCUCUCCAAGAUCUACUAGCCCACCCCCAAUUAGCCUCUCGGAUGUGCAUGUUUAGUUCACCGCAAUAUGAUGGCGAGAAGCGGGUGUACUCCACGCCGGAGACCGGGAAGUGGUGGGAAAAGUUGCAGGCGGAGGUUCGUAAGGUGGACCCGGAGGGCGUGGUGGCUGCUUUGAUACUUGCGAGUGACGAAACACACAUGGACCAUCGUGGCAAGGCCAAGGGCCAUCCGGUGUACCUAACACUUGGAAACAUCGACAAGGAUGAUCGAUGGAAACCGUCUGGACACGUCCUCCUUGCACUUCUCCCUGAGUACCCGCCAGAGUACUCGUCUCUUGACAGAACGGAUGUCUUCCAUUACGUCAUGAACGAUGUAAUGGCGGGCCUCAAGAGAGCAUCGCACACGGGGGUUAAGAUGAAGAAUGCAAAGGGCGAGACUAUCCAUGUGUGGCCGUCAGUGUACGCCCACAUCACGGAUUACCCGGAGUCUUGCAAGGUUACAUGCACGAAAUCUCUCGGCACCACAUAUCCGUGCUCCUUGUGCAAGGUACAUAAGGACGAGCUCAAGCGGUUUGAGUUCCGGAUUAGGCCUAGAACUCCCUCCGAGCAAAACCGUGUCGUGCAAGGGAUGAAGCGUGGCACCAUUGACCCCGAAACUAACGAGGCUCUCUCCACACACCCCGUUAAGAGUUACCUAUGGGGUUGGAGCAUUCUCUGCCCUAUCACCCCGUCUCUGCCCCCACACCAUGGUCUCUGCCCCGUCAUCACGUCUCUGCCCCAUCCCUACCUUCCAUGCCCCAUCGUCCCUUCUAUGGCCCUCGUGUAUUUUUCUGCCCCACACUCGCAUUCUCUGGCCAUCCAUCCCAUUCCCCGCCCCAUCACCCAUUCUCUGCACCUAAACCAUGGUCUCUGCCCCAUCGUCAUGUCUCUGCCCCACGACUACCUUCCAUGCCCCAUCGUCCCUUCUCUGUCCUCUCCCACAUCAUCGCAUUCUCUGGCCAUCCAUCCCAUUCCCCGCCCCAUCACCUAUUCUCUGCCCCCACACCAUGGUCUCUGCCCCGUCAUCACGUCUCUGCCCCAUCCCUACCUUCCAUGCCCCAUCGUCCCUUCUAUGGCCCUCGUGUAUUUUUCUGCCACACCAUCGCAUUCUCUGGCCAUCCAUCCCAUUCCCCGCCCCAUCACCCAUUCUCUGCCCCCACACCAUGGUCUCUGCCCCGUCAUCACGUCUCUGCCCCAUCCCUACCUUCCAUGCCCCAUCGUCCCUGCUAUGGCCCUCGUGUAUUUUUCUGCCCCACCAUCGCAUUCUCUGGCCAUCCAUCCCAUUCCCCGCCCCAUCACCCAUUCUCUGCACCCACACCAUGGUCUCUGCCCCGUCAUCACGUCUCUGCCCCAUCCCUACCUUCCAUGCCCCAUCGUCCCUUCUCUGGCCCUCGUGAUGCUACAUGGCCUGCGCGAGGCGUUUGAUCAACCUUCAGAAUGGAACAUCAUAAAAAUGCACCUCAUCAGUCACUACAUGGACUGCAUUGAGCGCGCCGGUCUACCAGAGCACUACUGCGCGCAGCUGUACGAACACCUCCACAUAGAGUUCAUCAAGAACCCGUACCGUGCUUCGAACAAGCGGAAUGUGAAUGCCCAGGUCGUGCAGAGCGAGGAGAUGAGGCUGCGAAUCGCAUCCUUGGCCCCGUCGAUGGAGCGGAAAAGGAAGUACGACACGGCAAUGGCUUCAAGGGAUGUACCCCUACAGAAUGCCAUUGGGCCAGAUCUUGCACACUUAAGGGGCGCACUCAAUGCCGCCCCUGGGUGUGCAGGACGCGGCUGCGAGUUCAAACACAUCAAUGUGAGUAACGUUGCACCCCAAUAG